AGACUAAAACAUACAAACAUGCUUUGAAUGAUCCGAGUGUGUGAGAGAUGUGUCCUGCUGACAGAUGUGGUGUGAUUCCAGGCUGUCCUUUGAUAAAGAGGCGAUGGUGUCUCGUGCCCGGAGGCUCAUCUCUCUCUAUGAGGAGGCAGGAGUCCGUAAGGAGCACAUCCUCAUCAAACUCUCCUCCACGUGGGAGGGCAUUCAGGCCGGACAGGAGUUGGAGGAGAAGGACGGGAUCCACUGCAACAUGACUCUGCCGUUCUCGUUCGCUCAGGCCGUCGCGUGUGCUGAGGCUCGCGUCACCCUCAUCUCGCCCUUCGUGGGGCGUAUCCUGGACUGGUACAAAGAAAACACAGACAGCAAAAACUACGAGCCCCAUGAGGAUCCAGGCAUGUUCUCUGAUAACAGAACUCGGAGAGAAACCUUUAGCGUCUUGUAUCUCUCUUCAUGUGUGUUGUGAUGUGAAGCGUCUCGAGUAGGACAGAUAUCACACGCCGGGCGUAUCAUUGAGUGCUCGCCUGCUCAGGUUCAAGGCAGUAGCCCAAAUCAGUCAAUCUAACCUCCAUACAGGCAAAAACGUUCAACAAAGUGACCGCAAAGA